GGAAAGUGUUGUUGGACCCGAGUCAGCUGGUUCUUUAUUCUAUGCCCGAGUGGAGUGACGAAUGGGUAAUGAUGUGGGAGCGAAGCGAAGGCAUAGCGUGAGCGCUGCACUCGAGGUCACCUAUAUAUAAUGAGCUGCACUCAAAGAUAAGCUCUCCAGACAAACGGCCCGCGGUGUCAACAGACGUCGUCAGUCGCGUCAGUGUCGCCACGACAGAAGGAGCAUGAACUCGCUUAUCCGGCUGGAUGUUGCGGCAUCCCAGCGGCACGAGCAAUGAGGGAAAGUGCUGUGCUCGUUUACGGCGUUCGGAUCUGGGAGUGCCGGAAGCAGUGUCGCGGCGAUGUCGAGGACGUGUGCUUCGCCGUCAGGCGAGCUACGCGAGUUCGCGAAUGUCCUUAAUGCUGCCGACGCGGACAGUAUUUACCUCUACCUGCCCAGAAACCUUUCGUCGUGUCACAUGUGCGCUGAGGUUGAAGAGCAGCAUUUGGAACACAAGAUGAAGCUACUAGCGAGUUUCCUUAGACGAGAGUCAUUGGACUCCGGCGAUGACGAUGUGCUGAGCAUGAAACCCAUUCCCGCCGCGGUGGGCGGCGCGCUGCGCGGCAUCCUGCGCCGGGACACUGCGAAGAAGAGCCCCGCGUGGCCGGAGCGCCGUCGGCGGGGCCGCCUGGUCACGUUCGCCGACUCGCUGGGCCUGGAGCUGGAGCACGUGCGCCGCCUCGUGCACCGCAUCCGGACGCCUGCCGCUCCGGCGGCACCGCCGCCGCAGCAGCAGCCGAACGCCGCGCCGGCCGCCCUCGAAGCCGAUUUCUCGCCGGCCAGCGGGGACGAGCUGCGGCAACGCAUACACCGGGACAAGGUGUGCCUGAGCGCGCUGUCCGUGCGCGAGCUGACGCUGCACGGCACGGUGAGCGUGGCCAACUUGACGUACCACAAGCACGUGUUCGUGCGCUACACCGCCAACGGGUGGCAGUCGCACGUGGACUGGCCGGCCUCGUACGUGCCGGGCUCGCUGGCUGACGGCGUGGACCAAUUCGAGUUCGCGCUCAGCGUGGCCGACGCGCCGCUGCGCUGCGAGCUGGCCGUCUGCUUCGAGACCGAGGACGGGCGCCGCUUCUGGGACAACAACGGGGGCGCAAACUACCGCUUCCGACGCUGCGGCGGCGGUCGGCCUACAGCCGCGCCGCGGACCGCAGCCGACCACAAGGCGCCGUGCGGAAGCUGGCUCCACUGGAUCUGACGCCCCUCCAGAUUGCGUGCACGCGAAAGAGAUUGAAAAAGCAGGACGCCAUACCUCCAGGGUUUCUCUAGCUUUGCCUGUAUACGUACGUUUUGCCAUUCGCAGAAUGCCGGAGAGGACCCGCCGCGGUGGAUUAUGGAGUUCUGCUGCCGAGCACGAGGUUCGACUUCGGGACGUGGCGGCCGCAUUUAGAUGGGGGCGAAAUGCAAGAACGCUCGUGCACUUGCGUAUAGCUGUUUGUUAAAGAACUCCAUGUGUUAAAAAAUCCCCCCCACCACUGUGGUCUCUCUCAUAACCCACUGUGCAGAUUCGGGUCGUUAAACCCGUCAAUUUAAUUUUAAUAUCGGAUACUUCAACGGCAGCUCUAGUGGCGCCAUCUUACAAUGUUGAGUUCAACCAAGACCGCAUAAAGUUAUUGCAAUGUCAGAAUAUGCGAAAUUAGCCGGUGGCGUAAAGGUGUCUGCGGAAAUCGACGUUACUAAUCUAGUAACGUUGGCGGAAACAUAAUCACGAAUGCACAUAGUGACACUUUUCCUUCGACUAUGAUGUUUUUUUUUUUUUUUUUUUUUUUUUUACAUUAGCGCAACCCAAAUUCUGAGUUGGGGGGCUAAUGUCAAGAAAACGUCAUAUGGAAUAUCAACUCGCCCAAACCGCCACCCUUGUAAUCCACCGACAGCAGCUUUGUGGUUCAACAAACAACCACAAGACGUGGGUGUAAUCGCUGCCGCGAUCAUCUAUGUCGCCGGUGUUCCGUAAAUUGCAAUACGUAUACUGACAAGCUAAAGCUCUCUAUUAGGUAGUUAGUGUAAAGCGAUCGCUGAGAGACGAGACGAUGGCGGCUACAUUUAUUUCUGCUCGGUGGCGUACGACGCAGCGGCACGACCGGCCGAAGCGUCCGCUCUCCUCUUCGAAAUCCACUUCAUUUCCCCCUGUUUUAACUCCGUGCUUGCGCUGGCUACGCUCCAACACGAUAUCCGCAAUGGUGAUCUUCGGAGGAAGGUCUGCGGUGAUGAUAGAUGCUGAGUUUUAGCGUGGAGGAUACGUACUGACGUAUGCGUAAACUGAAAUACCGGAGAACGUGAGCAGCAGCGCUAGUGGCGGCACAUUGUGACAUUUCGUUUAAGCAAAGCGUGGCUGAGCAUUCAUUGCAGUGGUCGGCACUGUACCAGUUAUCCCCUGGCGCAAAUGCGCUGACAGCGAUGACCCUAUAGCGAAGGUAUUUUCAUGCACUUUUUUUUUUUCGAAGAAAGGAGCCGUGCACAAUGCGAUAGGUGUUCCUAUAGAGCGUCGAUCACAAUGUCGCAACAAAUGUUGCCGCUGGAGCGGCGCCACCCUUACAAGCUAUGUCACGUUCCAGCAGGACCUUCUUCCUGUAUGUGCGUGCACAAAUGUUAUACAGCCAACCAGGUUGAUUUGGAACUGAAUAGUGAAUAUUCCUAUGUGAUGGUACGUCACCCUUCUUCCGCUUAAGAAACAAAAGGCACCAUUACAUAUACUCAACAUCUAUUGUCCUCCCAAGUUCAAAAAUGUAGCUUUCGAAGCCCUCUUCAGUCGGGCCCUGAAGGCUGCGGGCAGGGACCCGCUGGUGAUCGUGGGUGAUUUCAACGCUCACAGCACACUCUGGGGGUACGUGCGUGAAGAGAAGCGCAGGCGCAAGGUGGCGGAACUUGCGUCCACGCUGGGCCUGACUCUUCACACCGACCCUGCACAUCCAACGCGCGUUGGUAACUCCAUAACUCGGGACACGUGUCCGGGCCUUACCUUCACCAAAAACAUUAGACACGCAGAAUGGGCCAACACCGAGGAAACCCUCGGCAGUGACCACUGCAUACUCGACACCACCGUCCGAACCAAACCAUUGGCAAGAUCCCACGCCCAAGCCCGCUUACCCGACUAGACAAAAUUCCGGCAAAACUACACUAAUUCGGCCCUUAUCCGCGAACAAGGUUACCACGCGUGGUCACAAGAAUUGGUUACACGCCUUCGUUGGACAGAAACUCAAGUUCAACUAUCGGAGGCCACGCCGGAGGUGGACAACCACCUCCUGCACCUCUGGGAGGCGUGGCACUGCCUCGUCCGCAGAUGGCGCCGCCAAAAACACAAUCGGAAGCUUAAAACUCGUAUCGCCGAGCUCACCCAACGAGCGGCAUGAGUACGCGGCCCAGCUCGCGGACUCGAGUUGGGUAGACCGAUGCAACACGGCCGCUAGACAAAUGUCUAGCCGGAGCACUUGGGGUCUCUUUCGCGCCUUAAUCGACCCGAGUCAAACCAGAGCCGAGACACAAAAACAUCUCCAACGGGCUAUCCAUGGCUUCGACGGAGACACCUCAAAAUUAGCAUGCAAACUACUUGAUCAAUACCUCUGUAUCCAACAUGACCCCCUAGGGCCAGCGUACUCGUAUGCAGGUUCCGAGAACGCGGAGCUGGAUCAACCGUUCCGGCUCCACGACCUGCUUCAACUAGACCGCGAAAUUCUAAUCCCGUCGAAUACCCCCUGAAUGGCAAGGCAGUACUCGCCCUUGAUUUGAAAGGCGCUUUUGACAAUGUCACACAUGACAUAAUUCUGAUGCACCUCUCCGAAACCAACUGUGAACACAACACGUUUCAGUACGUUAUAGGCAAUUUCUCUCCGACCGGCAAUCGUAUAUCCGGAUGCAAGAUGAAGAACACGGCCCCUACCAAUUAGGCACGAGAGGUACCCCGCAGGGCGCAGCCCUCUCAUCUCUACUGUUCAAUUUGGCAAUGAUGAAACUCCCGGCUCAGCUGGAGAGUGUAGAAGGCAUACAGCACGCGCUGUUUGCCGACGACGUUACCAUCUGGGCUAAACACGGAUCGGUAGGAGACAUUGAGGCCAACCUGCAGCAAGCGGCGGAGAUCGUGGACGCCUACACCCGCCACUGUGGCCUUCAAUGCUCCCCUGCCAAAUCGGAAUUUGUGCACAUUCACCCCUCGCCAAAGUGCACUACCAAAAUUGAACUGUCCCUAGCUAGCGGACCUAUCCCAGAACACGACGAGAUCAGAGUACUGGGUCUCUUAAUUCAUAAACACCGCCGAGUCGACACAACACUGGCCAAACUGCGCAAGGUGGGGGACCAGGUGGGCCGCAUGGUCCACCGGGUCUCCAAUAAAUGCGGGGGGUUACGGUGCAAAAACGCCUUGCGGCUGGCGCACGCAUUCGUAACCAGUCGAGUCUUUUACUCAACUCCUUACCUCCACCUUCGCAGGUUGGACGUGAACGCCCUCAAGGUGGUUCUCCGUAAAAUUUACAAGCGUGCUCUCGACCUCCCGGUCAACACGUCCAACCAGCGCCUCCUGGGCCUGGGGAUGGUCAACACCUUCGCGGAGCUCCGAGAAGCACACUUGAUGAACCACUACAAAAGACUCUCAAGGACGCCGUCGGGUCGCCGCCUUCUUGCCCGUACACAUCCAACACUAACGGAAGAGUGAGUGCGCAUCCCCGAAAUUUGGAGAUACGCCCUGCACGUACGCCCUCUUCCGGCCAACAUGACGCGAGACGACCAUAGUGACCGGCGCCUCGCGCGGGCGGAAGCCUUGGCACGCCAUUAUGGGAACAAAGGAGUAUUCUACGUGGAAGCCUCCGGCCCACACCAUGGGGGUUGGUACACGACCGCAGUCGUCCACCAAAAGACCGCGGUGAACGACCUUACGUUCAAAGCAUAAGACAUAACACAUGCGGAAGAGGUGGCCAUCGCGCUCGCCGCCACAGAUCAGGAGUCGUGGGUCAUCAUCACCGACUCGCGAGGGGCCUGCAGGAACAUCGAAAGGGGCUUUAUUCCCUAUUUUGCGUACCGCAUACUUCAAAACAGCGAUUAUCUCGGCGCCCCCGCGUCCCGCACGAUAAUAUGGACGCCCGCGCACACGGGUCUCGAGGGCAACGAAGCGGCUGGCGCCGCUGCCCGCGCGCUUACUCUCCGGCCAUCGCCCUCGCCUCCCCUCGAUGCGGACUCCGACCCCAAUCCGGCUUUUACCUUUAAGGAAAUCACCCAACAUCACCAAUUCGGCCACGCGAUCUGGCUUUUACCUUUAAGGAAAUCACCCAACAUCACCAAUUCGGCCACGCGAUCUUUCCUAAGCCCUGUAAGGGCCUCACGAAGGCGGAGGAGCGUUUACUCCUUCGCCUCUAUACUAAAACGCUGCUGUGCCCGGCAGUCCUAAAACAUUUCGACCCUGCGUGCACAGGGAAGUGUCCCCACUGUGAGGAAACAUCGUUGGACAUUUUCCACAUGGUGUGGGCAUGCCAAUCCACCCCGCACUUUCCCCAUAUACCCAACCCUACCCGGGAGAACUGGAGGCGGCCCUGCUCGGCUGCUGCGACCUGGCGAGCCAGAAGGCCUUGGUCGUGCGUGCCCGAGCCGCAGCUAUAGCCAAUGGGCUCCUGUAAUGAGGAGCCCAUCUAGUGUUUAUAAGGAACGUCCCUUAAGGAUCGCUCCACACCCUCCCUGUCAAUACUUCGGCCAAUAAAGUUUUUCAGUCAGUCAGUCUGUCAGGCGCGGCUGUUGUAUACCGGCCUCCCGCUACACGUCUACGCUUGUAUGUUUCCGCUAUGCUGAAACCUUGUGUUUCUAACUAGGACUGAGAGACGCUGGACCAGAAAGAGAGGACCUUGGGCCAUAGCGCUAAACUUACGUGCAUCCUCUUGG